AUGUCUGAAAUGCGGGUUGAAAGAGCCCCAGCUCGAUUUUUCGUAUCACAGAAGAGGAAUGAGGUCUCUGAAUUGCGCGCGUUGUUUCGCGCAUUACCGAGCGAGAUAAAGCCUGAGAAUACGGAAAAGCGGCGUGAGACACUAAAGCGUUUACUGGCUUAUAUGAGUCUAGGCAUAGACGUCAGUUCUUUAUUUCCGGAGGUGGUAUUGGCGAGUGUGACUCCGGAUAUUAUUCAGAAGAAGUUGGUUAGCAUAUAUUUGAAUCAUUAUGCAGAGAGUAAUCCGGAAACGUCAAUUUUAGUUAUCAAUGCUUAUCAGAAGGAUUUGUUGGAUUCCUCACCAAAGAUUCGUGGUAUGGCCCUGAAGGCAUUGACAUCAUUACGAGUAGAUUCUGUCGAAGAGUACUCAAAGGCGGCAAUACUAAACGGUCUUAACGACACUAGUACGUAUGUUCGUAACUAUGCGGUGAUUGGUGUUAGCAAACUAUCUCAAGGUAAUGAGCCUGAGAUGAUCUCUAAAUUGAUUUCGUUCAUUAACGAUACAAAUACAAGCACUCAAGUGUUAGUAACUAGUUUGCUUGUGUUAAAUGAACUGCAAGGAGGGUAUCAAUUGAGUCGAAAGAACAUUGUAAUGCUGUUUAACAUUCUGCAUCAAUGUAACACAUUUGAGAAGACCGUCAUAUUAUCGACACUUAGUACUUAUGUUCCGCAAUCGGAUGAAGAAUUCCUGGGUCUUAUCGACACUCUGGAACCAUACCUAUGCACUACUUCAUCAUCUCUUAUUAUCACUACAAUUCGGUGCAUUCUAUCACUGAUCAAGAAUAGACACCAUCUCCAAAAAUGUGCUGGUGAAGAUACCCAGGACUGGAAAACCUUACCAAUAACUCUCUCC